GCACGCUAGGGGCUUGUCCUUUUAUCUAAAGCUUAACAAUUUAUAUUUUUGCAGGUGAAAUUAAAAGGAAUUAAUUUUUUAACAUUUUGAGAUUGGAGAUCGAAUGAAAAAAGUUUGAUUGUUAUGACCAGAAAUGGCUUCCGCCGUACUACAGAGAAAUCCCUCAAUAUCGUUUGAUACACUACCAGGAGGCAGGAAGACAAGAAAACACAGCUUUGACUAUAAACAGUCAGAGGCAGAUCCCUAUGCAAGACGACAGUCGAUAAAAUACCACUUCCCAAUACCAUUUCUGGAUGAAACCGAGGUCAACGAGACUGUAGUGAACGAAGAUGAAAUAAGGAAAAGUGUUUAUGGAUUACCCUUAAGUCAGAUGAGUUUUGUAGCUGUUGAAUCGGCAGUAUGGAGACCAACUGUUGCUAGCUGUAGACGCUCUGUCUUAUGGUCACGUGAACGGAAGUUAUAUGAAGCUCAAAGCAGACAACGAAUGGAGGAGUUCAAAGAAAAACCUUACAUGCAACAUCAAUAUCCAGAGCUUAAGAGACAUUAUCCGGGAACAUGGCGUUUAGCAACAAAACAAGAAAUAAAUGGCAUUGUCGUCAGGUUAACGAAAAAUCCGGCACCAACUUCCGCCAGCGUUAUGGGCCGUCGACGAAUUCAAUCAGCCCCGCCUAACUUGCAUAUUCUUCACACACGCUGUGGAAUGACAAAACGACCGAUGACAUCAAAUACUAUUUGAAAAGAAAAUAUAAGAUUGUCAAACAUUAUAACAAGGGUUCAAAAAAAAGAAAGAAA